CUCAAUCACACCAAAGUCAGGGAUGAUGUCUGUUCUCUCCAUCCUCCUCCUGCUGGCUCUAACAGAUGCAUCCGCAGCUCUGUUCAGGAGAAAACACAAUUAUCAAAAUCAGGAUAUGACCUGGACUGAUGCUCAGACAUACUGCAGGAAUAAUUAUGUAGAUCUGUCAAUUAUUGACACAAAAUCAGAAUACGACAAUUUCAAAAAUCAAAUGGACAGUCAGAAAUCUGAAAAUUGCUGGAUCGGUCUUAGAAAAGAAAUAAACGGUGCGAUUCAGUGGACUGAGGGAACUAUACUAGGAUUCUCAAAGUGGAAAGGUGGGGAACCUGACAAUCCUCCGAAUAAAGACUGUGUGUUUACGCACAACAAUGAGUGGGAACAUGAUGACUGUAAUAACGAACAUAAAGUCUUCUGCUACACUUGGGCACCUCGGGUGAUUGUGGUGCAGAAGAUGAUGAACUGGGAGGAGGCUCUGGUGUACUGCAGAACGUACUACACUCACCUGGUAUGGUUCACCGACAAGAUUGACUACUCUGUGGUCAACGACAGAAGUAUGGAAAUUCUGACUCCCACAUUCUGGACCAGUCUACGAUUCAUGGAUGGCUCAUGGUUCUGGGCGAACCAGACAUCUCUGCUGAAUAGUGAGACAUCGCUGCCUUCAUGCCCUGCCAAGCCUUUCCAAUGUGGAGCACGAAAUAUUAAAGCUGGUGUCUGGGAGAACAGAGACUGCAAGGAGAAAAUGAACUUCAUUUGUUAUCACUACAUUUGAACUCCUAGAAUUCUUGAACAUUGCAGAUCACCGCAAUCAAGACUGGCACAAGGCAAUGAAGAACUGAAGAACAGAGAUGCUGAGAAGGAUAUAUAAGAUAUAGAUUUAUAUAACAUGAACUGAAUGAUUACAGUAGAAUUGUUCCUACAAUACUCAAUACUCUAAUAAUAUAUUUAAGUGUAAAAAUUAUGUUGUUGUAAAUUGUUUACUUGAGAUUUUUGUUUAAUCCUCUGUAAAACAUUUAAAAUCCCACAGGCAUGAUCAUGCCAUAUGCUGUAAGAUAUGAU